AUGAGGGUGGCGUUCAAGGAGCGCAUCGCGCUGAUGCUGGGCCUGGACCACAAACAGAUCUUCAACUGCAAGGCCCGGGACUGCAUGAGCUGCUUCACCGCGAACCGCUUCAAAGCCAUCGAGUUGCUCAUCUGGAAAGUAGAGGAUCUUCCCUCGGCUGACCUCUUCGCAGCAAACAACGUCUUCGUGGAGGUGUACCUGGGAUACAACGAGACCACCCGCACCAGGGUCCACAACAAUGCGGGGAGUGACUGCAUCUUCAAAGAAUCGGUGCAGCUCAACUUCGAUGAGCUCGCGGAGAUGCCUGAGGGCUUCGGGGUGUCGGUCAGCGAGCUGGCGGGCUCAGCGUUGAAGCUGCAGAGUCCGAAGGCCCGGGACCGCUGGACCGCCUGCGGCGCCUUGGCCAAGUUGGGCCGCGGGGCCUUGGAGAGCGACGGCGACGGCGCAGUGGCCUCCGCGCUGCGGGCCGCGGCGCGCGACGCGGACGCGACCGUGCGGUGUGAGGCCGCCCGCGCGCUGGGCCAAGUGGGGGUCCUGGCCUCGACCCCGGAGCUCAUAGCGCUUCUUUCCGACGAGGACGACGGGGUGCGCUGGGGCGCCUGCGAGGGCCUGGGGAACCUGGCGCCGGCCUCCGCGGCCCCGGCGCUGACGCAGGCCCUGGAGGACGAGUACGAGGACGUGCGCGGUGCGGCCGCGGCGGGCCUCGGCAAGUUGGCGCGCGCCGGCCACGCCGCCGCGGGCGCCGACGGCGAUCCGGCGCUGGGGGGCGCGCUGGGCCCGGCACUGGUGCCGCUGCUGACGGACGAGGCAUGGACGGUGCGGCGCAGCGCCGCGGAGGCGCUGGGCAGGUGCCGCUGGCCGGAGGCCGCGCCGGAGCUGCGGCGCGCCAGGGAGGACCGGGACCCGCGGGUGAAGCAGGCGGUGGAGGCAGCGCUGCAGGCCUUGCAGGCCGUCGCCGGCCCGGAUGCUGCGUGA